AUGGCGGUCUUUGUUGGCAAAAGUCUUUGCUCGUCGCCGGUCUUAUUCCAAAAUGGAUUCGAGAAUCCAAAUUUGCUUAGCAAAAAGAUACGUUCUUUCGGCUCCCAUCGAAGCUCUAGUGGUCUCAGCAGGACUAUUCAAUCAGCUGUAGAUUACGGCGACGAGAAUCUACAUCGAUCCGUCACGACCACUCUCAAGAAUGGAAAUACUUUCCAUGAAUUCCCCAAGGUUGCGUUCUCGACCAUUAGGACUGAAAUGAGCGCUGCCCGUGUGGAGUGGCCUGAAGGGAGCAAUCGAUUUUUUGUCCCAGUCGAUGACAUGGAUCGUAUCUUUACCACCCAAUCAAUCGCAGACGGAUUGAAAUGGGAAGGCUCUACAAAAGAUUUACCGAUCAAGGCUCGGUUUGCACUUGCGUACAAGAUCAAAUCUAAAGCAAGAAAGCUUUUUGCGAUUCUUGUACAGCUGGGGAAAGGAAAUAUUAUACACGAUUUUCUAGAAAAGAGGAUAGAUGACAAUCAUUUACCCUUUGUACGGUCUGAUCGAGCAGAUAAGUCUGACAACUACAAAUUGUACAGCAGGCUCGACUCUUACUGGCAACUCGACUGUACACAGAACUGGGAUCAGGAUACCAUAAUCGACUUUGCUAGAGAACAAUGGGCUGUUGACGCGCCUGUUUUCGAGGCAGCUGCCGAGAUACAUCAUUACGACUUCCACGAUAACUGUAUCUUGCCAUUCAUCAAAGAUGAAGCAAGAGGCGAUAACGUAGCUUUAGGGGGGCUUAGUUCUGUUUGGGAGGUUGUGAUCCACCCAGCUCAUCAGAAGCUCUACAAAACAUCUCACCAUGGGCCUUCGUUCGCACUGAAGCGACUCCUGGCUACAAGCAAGCCAGAUUUUGACAGGGAGGUUAAGAUGCUGAAAGCUUUUACACCGCGCAACCACAGAAACUUGGUGAAGCUUUUGUGCACCUUCUGUUACAAGCGGGAGUAUUAUUUAUUGUUUCCAUUUGCAGAGUCAAAUUUGCGGCAAUUCUGGCAACAGCACCCAAUGCCAGGGUUGUCAGCCGGGAUGCCUCAGUGGGUUCUACUUCAAUGCAAAGAAAUCUCGUCGGCUUUAUAUCUCAUACACGAAUACCAGACCACCUCUGAACAGGCAUCAUUACUUAACAUCACCGACGACGAUCCAAUAUUUGGAAGGCACGGUGACAUCAAGCCUGAGAACAUUCUUCUCACUCAUCAAGACCCCACGGAGACAGAUAAAGUCAAACAACAACGCAUCUGUCUGAUUGCAGAUUUCGGUUUAAUGGAGCUUCAUCGGCGACCCACAAGAUCAUUGAUAGCCCCUGAUAAGAUAAACGGAUCUCCGUCAUAUGAACCACCAGAGCUCAUUCUCAGAAAGGACAUAUCUCGAGCUUGUGACAUUUGGAGCCUUGGCUGCGUGUUCCUGGAACUUCUCACUUGGUUGGUUUUGGGAUGGUCCGAAGUAGAAGCAUUCACUCAAGUUCGAGCACAAUUCGGGAGAAACGGGACGCCAGAUUACAAGUUCUAUACUGUUGUCACUGAUGCGACAGCCGUUGUACGCAAAAGUGUUAAGGCAUGGAUAGUGAAGCUGCAGAUCCACCCAAACAGCUCACCAUUCGUCGCCGACUUUCUGGAUAUGGUGUUUGAAGAAAUGCUAGUCAUAGAUCCUACUAAACGCAUUCGAUGUGGCCCGCUAAAUGAGAGAUUGGCCGGGUUGAAGGAGAAAGCACAAAAAGAUCCAAAAUAUUUUAUGAAAGCCACGGGGCUCUCAUAA